AUGGCGCCGAAGAAGACGUCGAAGGGCAAGUCGGGCUUCUUCGGCGUGAGGCAGAAGCCCUCCGGUAACCGGGGUGUGGAGUUCUCCGACGCCAGAAGGCGUUGGUGGAUCGGCACGUACCCCUCCGCCCACGAGGCCGCGCGUGCCUACGACGUGGCGGUGUGGCGUGCCGAGAGGCCUCGGUUGCACCUCAACUUUCCAGAGAUCGAGAGUCGGGCGGUAGCGGAGAUGCUUGUGCCGCAGGGCAUCAACAUGAAGGAGAUCACGAAGAAGAAGAAGAAGAAGAAGAAGAAGAAGCCGUUUGCUCAGGAGCAUCCGGAGUACGUCCAGGCCGAGCUGGAGUACUACUGGAAGCGUGAGGCGGAGCAGAAGAAGAAGGGGCCGAAGAAGGAGGAUGAGGCCGGUCCCUCGACGGUGAUCCCCAUCGAGUCCUCUUCCGAGGAGGACUGGGCAGACUUCUCGGAGGAGGAGGAGGAGGAGGGGUGCAACGACCCGAUGAAGGAGGAGUUCUGGGAGCAGUUCCGUAGCUCCGAUGAGUAG